AUGGCGAACAGCAGCGGCUCCAAGGCCGAAUUCAUUGUCGGAGAGAAAUAUAAACUGGUACGGAAGAUCAGGUCCAGCUCCUUCCGGGACGUUUAUCUGGCGAUCAACAUCACCAACUGCGAGGAAGUGGCAGUGCAACUAGAAUCUCGGAAGGCCAGGCAUCCCCAGUUGCUGUACGAAAGUAAACUCUGUAAGAUUCUUCAAGGUGGGGUUGGCAUCCCACACAUACGAUGGUAUGGUCAGGAAGAAGACUACAGUGUGCUAGUCAUCGAUCUUCUUGGACCCAGCCUCGAAGACCUCUUCAAUUUCUGCUCAAGAAGGUUAACAAUCAAAACUGUACUUAUGUUAGCUGACCAGAUGAUCAGUACAAUUGAAUAUGUGCAUACAAAGAAUUUUAUACACGGAGACAUUAAACCAGAUAACUUCCUAAUGGGUAUUGGGCAUCACUCUAAUAAAUUAUUCCUUAUUGACUUUGGUUUGGCCAAAAAGUACAGAGACAACAGGACAAGGCAACACAUACCCUACAGAGAAGAUAAAAGUCUCACUGGCACUGCCAGAUAUGCUACCAUCAAUCCACAUCUUGGUAUUGAACACAGUCGCCAAGAUGACAUGGAAUCAUUAGGAUAUGUUUUGAUGUAUUUUAAUGGAACCAGCCUGCCAUGGCAAGGACUAAAGGCUGUGACAAAGAAACAAAAGUAUGAAAAGAUUAGUGAAAAGAAGAUGUCCAAUCCUGUUCAAGUUUUAUGUAAAGGGUUUCCUGCAGAAUUUGCUAGGUACUUAAACUAUUGUCGUGGGCUACAUUUUGAGGAAGCCCCGGAUUACAUGUAUCUGAGGCAGCUGUUUCGUGUUCUUUUCAGGACCCUGAAUCACCAAUAUGACUACACAUUUGAUUGGAUGAUGUUAAAGAAGAAAGCAGCACAGGAGGCAGCCUCUUCCAAUGGGCAGGAUUUCUAA